CGCCACCCGCGACGGACGGCGCGAUCUCCCGCUGUCGCCAACGUUGCGGCCGUGGCCGGCGCGGAACGCAUCCGACUAUAUCUGAACCGAUAUUCGCCGAGUGCUGGUAGUCGUAACACUGACCGCGCUUGGCUUUGUUUUUUUCUAGUCAAUCUCUUUUCAAGUUCUGGUGAAACCUUGAACGGACAAACUAUCAACUAUCAUGUGUAGAUUUACUGUGCCAUAAAUCAGAUUCCAUCUGCCGAGCAGUAGCAUAAACUGUGACAUCAGCGGACCGCUAUCCGAAAGCCGCCACAACAUAAAUUGCUUCAUCCAGACAUCGCCACACACUCUUCAGAUUAUGCCAUUUCCGAACAUAUACACAUUAAUACGAAGUACAAAUUCAGUGAACGAUGGCUAGUUACUUUGAACAUUGCCAGUCGUGUGCUACAACACUAUAAGGAUAUACUGCUUUUAGCGGGUUUUAUUCAAAACUUCUGCUUCUAAUCUGAAAGCAUCUUGGCGUAGGACUGCUGAGGAAAAAAAAGAAUACAGUAACGAUAUGUAACUAAGCCUUGACAGUUAUGAUCUCUUCUACCUUUGCUUCUUCAAAGAAUUGCAAACAUGACACAGGCACAGAAAGAGAAUAAGGUCUCAUUAGAUGGUCGAUUUAGAAAUGUGGAAGUAAAACGGUGGUAGCAUCUGGACUUUCUCAACCAUCAACCAGUAGUUGGGUGGUGGCGCCAUAGGCGGUGGCUGGUUGUCUGCUGUGGGAUGCUGGUAGCGGGUAUGCGGCCGGCGGCGCAGCUGCAGCAGCAGCUGACCACGGCUCUGGUGGUCACGCUACUCGGAGCAGCAGUGGCGCAACAAGGUGACUGUGAUACGCCGCUUGGCCUCGAGUCUGGGGCCAUUCCGGACUCAGCCCUCUCUGCGAGCUCCAGCUACGUGGGAAGUGUUGGUCCCCGAUACGGCAGGUUGCGCAGCGAGCGCGGCGGCGGCGCGUGGUGCCCUAAGUCGCAGGUGUCGCGCGGGGUGCGCGAGUGGCUGUCGGUGGCGCUGGCCGGCGUGCACGUGGUGACGGCGGUGCACACGCAGGGCCGCUACGACCACGCGCGCGGCCAGGAGUACGCCGAGGAGUACUCCGUCGAGUACUGGCGGCCCGGCCUGCGCGACUGGAGGACCUACCGCCGCUGGGACGGCAAGCAGAUCCUGAGCGGGAACAGCGACACGGCCACGGUGGUGACGCAGCGCCUGCUGCCCGCCAUCUUCGCCAGCCAGCUGCGGGUGCUGCCCUACAGCGUCCACCGCAGGACCGUCUGCCUGCGCCUCGAGCUCUCCGGCUGUCCCGCCACAGGAGGCGUCGUGUCCUACUCGAUCCCAGAGGACACUGUGGCAGUGUCGCAGGAGCUGUCGGACUCCACGUACGACGGGGAGCACCGCGGCGGCAUGCUGGUGGCCGGGCUCGGCCGCCUCGUGGACGGACAGCUGGGCGCCGACAACUUCCGCAUCGACGUCGGAUACGGCAGAGGUAACGCCUGGGUUGGCUGGACUAACGAAUCUUUCCCCAGCGGCUACGUUGACCUCGUAUUCGAGUUCGACCAAGUGCGUAACUUCAGCGCUGUGCAGAUCUUUGCCAACAACUUCUUCCUCAGAGAUGUUCAGGUGUUCCGACGGGCUCUGGUGUCCUUCAGCGUGGGCGGGCAGGUGUUUCCGGGCCGCCCCAUCAGCUUCACGUACAUGCCGGACAUGGUGCUGGAGAACGCGCGCUACGUCACCAUCCGGCUGCAUGGCCGUCUGGGCCGCUUCGUCAGACUUCGGCUCCUCUUCGCCGCCCGCUGGAUCAUGAUCAGCGAGGUCACCUUCGAUUCAGUUCCUGUGUCGGGCAACUUCACGUCUGAAACUGAUUCUGAUACGGAAAUCGUUGGGCCGGAGGAGCUCUACUACGAGGAAGAAGAAAUCGUCUCUGAGCAUCUCGAAACUGUUCCCGCGACGGUGAACGUGAACGAGAUACCCGUUGACGCCAAUAUGAAAGACGCCCGCGAGGAGCCCAGUGAGGAGGGAGGCAGCGUGGAGGUGGUGAUCGGCGUGCUGACGGCGGUGAUGCUGCUGCUGCUCGUCGUCUUCGUGGUGAUCCUGGCGCUCAGCAGGAGGCACAAGAUGCAGGCCGGCUCCUCCCCCACGCUGCUCAGGAACCCCUUCAGCGGAGUCACCCUCAACAUGAAGGACCUUCUGCUUAGCGUGGUGCCUGGCCCUGCGGGAGGCGCCAUCGUUCCCAGGGAGUGUGCACCGUGUUCACCGUCCACCACGAUCGGCGGAGACGUCGGCCUCUCAGGCGUCGCCUGUGCCCGCUACGAUACUCUCCCGUCGCACACAGACGCAGUGGAGGUGCAGUCGCUGGUGGUGCGCCUGGACGAGGAGUCGGGCGGCGGCGCGGCGCGCCACUUCCACACGCUGCAGCUGGCGGCGGCGCCCGCCGGCGGCCCGGCGUCCGCCCUCGCCUCGCCGCGCCACGCCAAGGGCCGACGCUGCCACACGGCGCCCAAGGAGCGCCGGCCGCGCCAGACGCCGCCCUCCGUGAGCUGGAACAUCGUGCCCGUGGCGGACCGCCCUUACCGCUGCAAGGAGGCUCCCUCGCUGCCGCAGGUGCCCAGGGAGUGCCUCAGGGUCAUCGAAAGGGUCGGCUCCUGCCACCUGGGAGAGUUGCACAUUACUCGCAAUCCUAAUAAAAUGUCUCGUCAGUAUCAUAGGUUCCUCACAGAUGAAGAGGUGUCAGCUAUAAUAAAUGGAACAAGUGAAGGUGAUGGAAAUGAUUCAGGAGAAGAUUAUACAGUUGUGACAUACGACAGUGAUAUAGCAAUUGAAAAUGAGACAAUUUCACGGUGUUCAUCCCCUGAUGAACAGCAGCACCUGCUUCCAGCAUCACUGUUACAGCAAAAAGCAGUGGAGAAUAUAUCACUGCGAUUCCAAAACAAGUACGCACGUCAGUACAAAGUUCUGCUGUGCGAGACGGAGGAGCCCGCGUUGCAGACGGCGGGCGGCGUGUGCCGCACGGUGUUUGCGCGGACGCUGCCGCGCGACUGGGACGGCGGCGGCGGCGGCGGCGGCGGCGGGAGCGCGCGCGAGCUGCGCAUGCUGGCGGCGCUCAGCGACGAGCACGUGGCGCGGCUGCUGGCCGUGUCGCCGGCGCCCGCGCCCGGCCAGCCCGCCUGGGCGCUCACGCAGUACCCGGAGCUGGGCGACCUGGCGCUCUACCUGCAGUACCACACCGCCACCAGGCCGCCCCUCAGCAUUGAGUGCCUUACCUCCAUGGCAACGCAGAUAGCGUCUGGAAUGAAGUACCUGGAAUCAAGAAACCUCGUUCACAAAGAUCUGGCUGCAAGAAAUUGCUUGCUCGGCCGCGGGUACGUAGUGAAAGUCGCAGACCUGGCUAUGGGCUGCGACCUCUACAAAAAGGACUACUACCAAGUUGGUGGACCUGCUCCAGUUCCAAUCCGAUGGUUGCCUUGGGAGAGCAUAUUACUGGACCGGUACACGCCAGCGAGCAGCGUGUGGGCCUUCGGCGUGACGCUGUGGGAGAUCCUGAGUCUGGCGGGUGAGCGGCCCUUCCAGCACCUGUCCAACGAGGAGGUCAUCCAGAACGCCGAGCACAUGUACUACGGCAGCGAGUUGCAGGUGUUCCUUCCCAAACCAACAAUUUGUCCGACAGAACUGUAUGACCUGAUGUGCGAUUGCUGGAAGAGAGAUGAAACAGUACGACCUAGGUUCAAAGAGAUCUACCUUUUUCUGAAAUACAGAAACUCUGUCCAUCCAGUUGAGUACAGGGAGUGAUCUCGCACCCAUAGUUGCGUGAAAUUAGAGUAAUGGGGCCACCAUGAUUUCAGAAUGUUAUUCAUUAAAGACUUCUAAUAACAUAUGAACUACGGCUGACAUACUUGGAAUAUAUCAGGAAAAAAGUGUUACUAGGAAGUCGUGAUGGUCUGUGAAAUGCUCGUGACGCUCUAGGAAAAUGAAAAUUUUUAUCACUAAAGCCAAUAUGAGAUACAUUAAUACAUUUUUUAUCACAAUUUGUACUAUAACUUCUUUUGGAAAAAUGUUAUCAAAAAUAUCUGUUACAUGGAUAAUAUGUGUACAGCAAUGGAGGUACAGACAACAGUAAAUUUUUCACAGA